CAGUGCUGCUCGGGACCCGAUGCUUGAAGUGUGAUCUCCGGUCGAACGUAAAAAUCAGCAGACGGACGAGCAUUGCAGGGGCAAAAGAGGCCGUCGCACGGACCUAAGCAUUCUGCUCGGAGGCAACGGAAUCAUGGUGAUGCAAAACGCCUGCUGGGCAUGCUCACGCGGCGCCUCUUCGAUCCUGCUGCUAUUGGCAACUGCUCAGAACGUUUCAUCAACGAGCACAACUGUAGCCUACCAAGCUCGACGGUUCCUGUCCCGAUCAGCUCGAUGGAAGGAUGCAGGACCUUUCUCUCAGCCGACGCAUCGGCAACUCCCCUCUGUUCCUCAUCCCGACCAUUCGUCUGCAACAAAGGACAAAAAGGGGAAGUUGGAGCAUCGGACACAGUACAAUUACGACCCCUUCACUCUCACACCUUCUGAGCAACACUACCAUUUCCCGCUCGUGACGGCAAAGGACUUGGAAAAUUCAAGCAUACGGCCACGAAACGUUCGUAUGCUCGCUUCCGAUUUCAUCCACGACAGCCUCUACAAUAAGCACUAUGGCUAUUUCUCACGGCAAGCUGUACUGCUCCCUCACCUGCAGGAGAGCAUGGAGAACAAAGUGCAAGACGAACCGCACUUUCUCACCGCCUUCGGCCCGGUCGACGCGACAGGCAGCUUUGAUUUUCGCCAGAUAAAAAAUGAAGCACACUUUAUGCGUGCGGUCCAGCUGCGCUAUGAUUCUUUCGAGCGGGAUGUUGAAGCCCGAGAAGCAGAGAAGAUCACCGCGAGCACGAUAGAACAGCAGGAAGCCAAGAAGAGGUCGGUAAGAAAGUCUUCCGCUGAUGGCCUGGAGGAGGCGCAGCGCUGGGGCCGCUUGAUGAAAGAGAGGGACCAGCAAGAUAAUGUGCAGGAGCCAGAUGUCAUGGCCAUGGCCGCCAGACAAGUCUGGCAUACUCCAACCGAGCUUUUCAAGCCACACUAUGCUGAGGCCGUAGCGCGGUAUUUGAUCAGCGAAUACAAGCUCAACCUCUUCCCUUACGACGAUCUCGUCAUUUACGAGGUUGGCGCAGGAUCCGGCACAUUGGCCGAAGGUAUCCUCAACUACAUUCGAGACCAUGAGCCAGAGGUGUACCAACGGACCAGCUACCGGAUCGUCGAGAUCAGCGCUCGGCUGGCUCAGCAGCAGACUCAUCGUCUGCAGUCACAUAAGCAAGCAGGAAAGGUGCAACUGUACCAGCAGAGCAUGCUCGACUGGAACAAGCCGGUCACAGAUCCGUGCUUCAUCGUUGCGCUAGAAGUUCUGGACAAUUUGACACAUGAUGUCGUGCGCUACCACACCGGAACACUCGAACCAUACCAAGCCCUCGUCUCCAUCGACGAAACAGGUGAUAUGCACGAGCUGUGGGAGCCAGUACGUGACGAAGGCAUCAAGCAGUAUCUGUCCUUGCUGCGACCUAAUGGCGAUGGUCGCAGCCACGACGAACAGGCCAAUGCAGCCAUUCCCUCAGCCUUGCGCUACAUUCCUCGCCCCAUCCGCAAGGUCCUUAGCGACCACUUCCCUAUUUACCCAAAUCUCACCCGCCCGCAUUAUCUCCCUACAGCUUCUCUGCGCCUUUUGCACAUCCUUCGCGAUUACUUCCCGCUGCACCGCCUUGUCCUCUCCGAUUUUUCCAGCUUGCCUGACGCCUCGGAAGGCGUCAAUGCUCCGGUCGUGCAGACCAGAUACAAGGGCACCAUGGUCCCCGUCACGACAUAUCGAGUCCUACAAGGAUUUUUUGAUAUCUUCUUUCCGACCAAUUUCGAAGAGCUGCGCAGGAUUUACGGCAAGGUUAUGUCAAGCCAGAGUCAACAGUUAGUAAAGGGCUCUUCUUCGUCCGGGGCCGCCAUUCGCAUCCCACCACGACCGUCACCCAUGGCUACCACGUCUGCGCUUCGGCCAGACUACUUUACACGGAGCCGUGCUCCUGCGCUAGGCAGUGCAUCCGAUGUUCCCGAUUCAAUUCUGCAGCGCCGCGAGACUGCUCAGAUUCUCUCUCACGCGGAGUUUCUGUCGCACUACGCACGGAAUGACCUCGUCCGCCUCAAGGACGGUUCCAACCCGAUGUUGACGUGGUAUGCUAAUGCAAGCUGGUUGCUCACGUAGUCUAAAGUUACAUCACAAUUGUGGACACCUAGUGUAGCU